UCAAACUGCCAAUGAAACAGCUUGCUGUUACCAUCCCAGAGGAGAGAAGAAUUGUGUUCCUAUCAAUAGCUGACCGUCUAACUGAAGUACGACCAUGUUUAAAGGUUGAUGGUAAAUGUAAAGAUUUAGCUUAUAGUGAUGGUAAAUUAGUUGUAACCUUCGAGUGGCCUGGAAAAGUUCAGAUCAUUAACGAGAAAGGUCACAUUUUCAGAACUAUUGAAAAGAAUUCACAUGGUGAGAAACUCUUUGGAUGCCCAAUGGUUACAAUAAGUAAAGAUGACUGUCAUAUUUUUGUAUCUGAUUAUCACUACAAUGCUGUAACACGUUUAAACUGGGAGGGGGAAAUCACUGGGGUAUACAGGAAUCAGAGCCUGGUUCGACCUUGUGGACUGGAUACUACAGAAGAUGGGUCUGUAAUAGUCUGCAGUAGUGGGAACAACACUAUACAUCUGCUUUCACCAGACUUUGUGACCAGUAGAGUGAUCAUCGCAGAAAAAGAUGUGAUGAAGUGUCCAUGGUCUGUAGCGCUUGGUGAGAACACCAUGUUUGUUGGAAGUGGAAGUUCUUGUGACUUUGUGGCAAUGUAUGAUAUAAACUGGGCCUGAAAAAAUGUCGACAGAAGUUGUUCAAAUAAAACUGCAACAAGCAUAGU